AUGGCUUCAGCGCAAGUUCAGCGCCCACACAACCUCGAUGCCAUUCUUCAAGAGGCAGACUCACAGAUUAACAAGUCCUCCGACAAUCUGAUUGAGCAGCUCCACGGUGGAAUCUUCUUGAACCAAAACAAACUGGCAAGUCCCAUUUAUCUUAUAGAUUGUUUUUUUCAUCCUGUUGAAGUGGAGGUGGCUGAACUAGCAAAAGUCUGCUGGCUUGAUGUGACCAAGAAAUUCCCUAGACAAAAUCUCACUCCAAGGCAUACUUAUGAAGUUUCGUUUGUCUUAAAGAAGUUGAAAGGAUGUGAAGGAUUUCAAAACCAUCCAAUGAACUUGAAACUCACCCUCCCCAAUCAAUCUCCGAUGGAACACAAACAAGAUUUGAGUAUAUUGCCAGAAAACAAAUGGUCAGACAUUCCCCGUUGGCGUGUUUUCGACUAA